AUGGAAAAAGCAACCACUAGUGAGCAAUGGCUCAUUACCCUCAAUACAUCGAUUUUCUGGCCCACGGCCACUAAUUACUAUUAUGGACCUACUACCGGUCCGAAAGCAUCUGCAGUCUCCUGCAACGCUGAAUGGGUCGAAUACGCUGGUCGGUCUGAGGGCCUCCGGUCUCUAGGCCCAACUGCCACAAGCAUCUCCCUCGGUUCCUACGGUACAAGCGAGGGCGCCUGUCGCACCUUUGUAUCCCCAGAGGCGUGGUCGGAUACCCAUACGGGUCCUCUCACCACCCUUUGUGAUGGUAUUCCGCGUGCCCUAGGCCCUCGUGAAACAGCCACUCAAUAUUACCCCGGAACCGGUCCCUGCAUAACUGGAUAUACAACCUACACUAAUACGGAGACGCUUUAUCGAGAGCCAUCCCCGGUUCCAGAUUGCGCUCUCGAAACCAGUGAUUGUAUCCCGAUCUGGCAAACAUAUUCUAGCUUGUCAAGCUCCUGGGAAGACUCGAUCAUUACUUCUAUGCCUGGCGAUACUAAUAGUCCUAUUCGCCCUGCGGACUGCCCCCAGACCAAUCGCGAGUACCCAGAAGCGAACCCUUGCUCAAACUGUCACUUCCUGCCAGAUAGCGCGACCCUAUUCUACUGGCCCAUUUCUACAGCCGAUGGCGAUCUCUGUCUGCAGAACGGAACGACCGUACCCGCAUCAGGACUGAGCACAGCUGUAGUUAAUGGCGCCACUUUCACCUCGCCCUCAAUCUACGUUUCCUUUACAUCCAUCUACGCCUGGAGUAACCGGCGAGGCCAUGCUGGAUUUCAAUGCGGUGUCGACCACAGUGACGUUGUCAUCUCGGUCAAUCCAGAGACCGUCUCAUCAGUACGCAAUCAUCGGAAUGCCAAAUACCCGACUAUUGGAACAGCCUAUCCAUUCAAUUUUGCCGAGUUCACGGCACAAGAAGUUGGGAAUUAUACACAAUCCUUAAUCCCAUGGCCACAGUUCCGCGGUGGCCAGCAGUGCCCGUUGGGGGAUAGCAACACCUGCAGUAUGAUACGUGACGAUUAUAGUCCUUGGCUGCUGCUCCCGGAGGAGAUCCGCGGAGUAGACCCCGGCUGGACAGUUUGUGAUAACGAUUGGUAUAUUCCGCCCGUGACGAUGGUUGCACUCGAUCGCGAGACGAUCACAGUCACAUCGACACCUGAACCAACCGCCGAGUUAUUUGCGGCGGCUGUGGCCAAGAAUGCAUUGGCAGCGUCAACACCGCAAGCCACCACAAGGGGAUGGUAG